AUGUCUACACUUGGGGUUGAAGAUCUUGCAGAGAUUAUCUCAAACGCCAACAUCCAUAACCGGAAGGCAGGGAAUUACAACGCUAGGAUGAGGGAAGUCGAAGGUCAGCUUCAGGCUGCGGUCGACAAGCUUGUCAAGCCGCAGGCCGAGCAUGGGAGUCAGAUUGCGGUUCUGCACUUAGAUAACAUCAAGGCUAAGCUCUGA